AUGAGGCACUCUCUCAUUGGGUUACUCUUCCUCCUGGUAAUCUCACUGCCUUCAGGGAAUGGAUUGUUUGGACAUGAUGGAAUACAAAUUCGUACUUGCACUGCACUCAAAGGCAAGUGCUUCUUCGGUUGCAGAGUGGGAUGGACGUGGGUUUCAUUCUGUCACAACAUAUUGUCUUGUUGUGUAAAAAUGUUGAAAAAUAAUCCUCCCCAGGUCGAUGAGUAUUGACCCUCACCUCACGGAUCCAAUUAAAAGGCUACAUGAAUAGCUAAAAGGAUAAAAUCUACACUCUGUGUGUAAGGAUCAUUAAUGAGCCAUGGGUAGCAAAUGAGAGGCAGAUUCUCACGAACUGACUGGCAAAAUUCCAGAAGUAUUUUGUAAAGGGGCA